AUGGAGCAGGAGCAGCCUUCCCAAGUUCUGAUCCCCGCCCCCAAACUGGACCCACCUCCCCAUGACGAUCCCACGCCCUGCCCUAAGCCUCCCAGGAAGAAACGUGGCCCUAUGUAUUUCAUCAAGGUGGCCCUCUUCAUGAUAAGGGGAACUUCCGAUAAAUCCAAAGGCCUGUCCGCCUCCAAUUCCAAAAGCCUGUGGAGGAAGCUCGUGGGUUCCGUCAGACCAUUGCACUUACAACUUCAACAGGUGGCGGAAUCGGAGGCCAAGCGACCUGUGCCGCCCGCCCUCACCCACCAGUCCCCAGCUCGUAGCGAGUUUAGCGAAGACUCCUUGUUGUCUCCGACGGCCGGAAGCUCCACGUCUGCCUCAGAGACCCCCUACGCGUCGGCGUUGGGCCUGAGCGAGAUGGUGCAAGGCGAGCAUGAGGAGGAGGCGGUGGACGAGAGUGAUUCUGCGUCUGACGACGGGAACGGAGAUAAAAUGAUCGAUGCAAAGGCUGAGGAGUUCAUUGCUAAUUUCUACAAUGAAAUGAGAUUACAGCGCAGGCAUUCCAUAAACGAGAGGUCUCUACGCUGA